AUGCCAGAGGUUGAGUUCGCAAAAGCCUUCGAGUAUGCUGGGGAUGCCGUUGUCUUUAGGGUUAUGAUGCCAAGAUUCUUGUGGAAGUUGCAAAACCGGUUGGGCCUGGGAAAGGAGAAGAAGCUGAUAGAAGCGGGUAAAACAUUUGAUAGAGUAUGCGAAAAAUACAUAGCUGCAAAGAGAGAAGAGAUCAUAAGAUCACAAAAAGGGAUUGAUGAUCAUGUUCAUGUGAAUUCAGAUGGAGAAAGUGAAGAUCUUUUAACGUAUCACAUAAAGCUAGAUACAAGCAAGUACGAGCUCUUGGAUCCAAGCGAUGACAAGUUUCUUAGAGACACCAUUGUAGCUAUAGUUGUCGCAAUAAGGGAUACCACUUCCAGUGCUCUCACUUGUUUUUUUUGGCUCCUCUCAAAAAACCCUAACGUGGAAGCCAAGAUUCGCCACGAGAUCAACACAAAUCUACCGAGUCUAGAGAGCCCAAUAUGGUCGGCUACCGAUCGCAGAGAGUAUCUGAACAAGUUGGUCUAUCUACAUGCGGCACUAUAUGAAACGAUGAGGCUCUAUCCACCAAUUCCGUUCGAGCGCAAGACUUCUAUAAAAUCAGAUGUACUUCCAAGUGGGCACAAAAUCAGUGCAAACACUAACAUUAUUUUCGUUAUCUAUGCGUUAGGGAGGAUGAGAUCCAUAUGGGGGGAAGACGCGUUGGAAUUCAAGCCAGAGAGAUGGAUUUCAGAGACUGGUGGGUUGAGACAUGAGCCAUCAUCCAAGUUCUUUGUGUUUAACUCCGGUCCAAGAGCUUGUGCCGGUAAGCAUUUAGCUAUGACUUCAAUGAAGACCAUAAUCGUGGAGAUUUUACAACACUAUGACAUUAACCUCGUCAAAGGACAUAAGGUUGAGCCAAAUCCUCGUCUUAAUCUGUUCAUGAAACAUGGGCUUAGAGUCACGCUUACUAAGAGAUGUUCAGCUUGA